AUGAAGGAUGAACAUAAUAUUAAAUUCACUGCUCAAGAUUUAUAUGACAAGAAAGCAGACAAAAAAGAGCUUCAAACAUUAAAGACAGAAAUACUUCAAACAUUAUAUCCUAUAGGCUCUAUUUAUACGUCAAUGAACUCAACAAAUCCAGCAACAGUUCUGGGUUUCGGUACGUGGGAACAAAUAGUUGACAGGUUUUUGUAUUGUGCAAACUCUUCAAAGGAAACAGGAGGAAGUAAAACGAUUUCAGGUGAAAAUUUACCUGCACAUAGUCACUACAUAGAUUUAAGUACAUCUCAAGCGGGUUGGCAUAAGCAUAGAUAUUGGGAUUGGUCAGCAAUGAUAAAAGGUAAAGGAUAUGAUGUUAAAGACAACGUUAAGUUUGCUAUAGAUUGUUACUGGAGUAACACUGAGGGAGGAGGAAACCAUACACAUCGCGUUUCAGGAUAUACACAAACAACGGGACAAAGUAAAGAUUACAUGCCGCCAUUUAUGACAGUUUACGCAUGGUAUAGAGUUCAAUGA